GAACAUGGCGACUUGCGCUGAAAUCCUGCGGAGCGAGUUCCCUGAAAUUGACGGACAGGUCUUCGACUACGUGACGGGCGUCUUGCACAGCGGCAGCGCGGACUUCGAGUCUGUGGAUGACCUGGUGGAAGCAGUGGGGGAACUGUUGCAGGAAGUGUCCGGGGACAGCAAGGAUGACGCGGGCAUCAGGGCUGUGUGCCAGCGCAUGUACAACACUCUGCGCCUGGCUGAGCCACAGACCCAGGGAAACAGCCAGGUGCUACUAGACGCCCCCAUCCAGUUGUCAAAGAUAACAGAAAACUACGACUGUGGCACCAAACUUCCAGGACUGCUAAAGAGGGAACAGUCCUCGACAGUGAAUGCAAAGAAGCUAGAGAAGGCUGAGGCUCGACUGAAGGCAAAGCAGGAGAAGCGCUCAGAGAAGGACACACUCAAGACCAGCAGCCCUCUAGUCUUGGAGGAGGCAUCAGCCAGCCAGGCAGGCAGCAGAAAGGAGAGUCGGUUGGAAUCAUCUGGCAAGAACAAAUCCUAUGACGUUCGAAUUGAGAACUUUGAUGUGUCUUUUGGCGAUAGGGUACUGUUGGCUGGAGCAGAUGUGAACCUGGCAUGGGGCCGCCGCUAUGGACUGGUGGGCCGAAAUGGGCUGGGGAAGACAACACUCCUGAAGAUGUUGGCCACUCGGAGCCUGCGGGUUCCAGCCCACAUUUCCCUGCUGCACGUGGAGCAGGAGGUUGCUGGAGAUGACACCCCUGCCCUUCAGAGUGUGCUAGAGAGUGACACCGUGAGAGAGGACCUUCUGCGGAGGGAGCGGGAGCUCAGCACCCAGAUUGCCACUGGCAGGGCUGAGGGCUCAGAAGCUGCACAGUUGGCAGAAAUAUAUGCCAAACUGGAGGAGAUUGAGGCCGACAAGGCACCUGCCAGGGCAUCAGUCAUUCUUGCUGGGCUUGGCUUUACCCCUAAAAUGCAGCAGCAGCCCACCCGGGAGUUCUCAGGUGGUUGGAGGAUGAGACUGGCCCUGGCCCGGGCCCUGUUUGCUAGGCCAGAUCUUCUGCUGUUGGAUGAACCCACAAACAUGCUGGAUGUAAGGGCCAUCCUGUGGCUGGAGAAUUACCUGCAAACAUGGCCCUCUACAAUCCUGGUUGUCUCCCAUGACCGCAACUUCCUGAAUGCCAUAGCCACAGACAUCAUCCACCUGCAUAGCCAGCGGCUAGAUGGCUACCGGGGAGACUUUGAGACCUUCAUCAAGAGCAAGCAAGAGCGGCUGCUCAACCAGCAGCGUGAAUAUGAGGCACAACAGCAGUAUCGCCAGCAUAUCCAGGUUUUCAUUGACCGAUUUCGCUACAACGCCAACAGAGCUUCUCAAGUGCAGAGUAAACUCAAGAUGCUGGAGAAGCUACCGGAGCUCAAACCUGUGGACAAGGAGUUGGAGGUGGUGAUGAAGUUCCCUGAUGGGUUUGAGAAGUUCUCACCACCAGUUCUACAACUAGAUGAGGUGGAUUUCUACUAUGAUCCUAAGCAUGUCGUCUUCAGCCGUCUAUCCGUCUCUGCUGAUCUCGAGUCCCGCAUUUGUGUGGUUGGGGAGAAUGGUGCUGGUAAGUCUACCAUGCUGAAGCUGCUUAUGGGGGACCUGGCCCCUGUCCGGGGCAUCAGACAUGCUCACAGGAAUCUGAAGAUUGGCUAUUUCAGCCAGCACCACGUGGAGCAGCUGGACCUGAAUGUCAGUGCCGUGGAACUGCUGGCACGCAAGUUUCCCGGGCGGCCUGAGGAGGAGUAUCGUCACCAGCUGGGCCGGUAUGGCAUCUCUGGAGAACUGGCCGUGCGCCCUGUUGCCAGCUUGUCUGGGGGCCAGAAGAGUCGGGUAGCCUUUGCUCAGAUGACCAUGCCCUGCCCCAACUUCUACAUUCUGGAUGAACCCACAAACCACCUGGAUAUGGAGACGAUUGAGGCUCUGGGCCGUGCUCUCAACAAUUUCAGGGGCGGUGUGAUAUUGGUAUCCCACGAUGAGCGCUUCAUCCGGUUGGUGUGCCGGGAGUUGUGGGUGUGCGAAGGCGGCGGCGUCACCCGGGUCGAGGGGGGGUUUGACCAGUACCGCGCCCUUCUCCAGGAACAGUUCCGCCGUGAGGGCUUCCUUUAGGGUCACCAGGCCGAGGACUGUGCCCAGGAUAUGGACUGGUCUCUCAGACCCCUGGGCCGCGAUAUAGGCAACCAUCUCCAGGCCACGGACUUCCCCAACUUUGGGGACAGCCUUAUUUCCAAAUCUCCUUUUAACUGGAGCAUCCUCUGCAUAACCCAGGGAGCCCCGUCUAAGUGUCUGUGA